AUGUAUGAAGCGACAGUUCCCCCGCCACUGGCAAUUGAGAUCCUCACUCAGCCAAAUGAAAAGAAAGAUGCCCUCAAAUUGGUCGUCGAUAGCGUAGCUCAGCAGCGACAGACAGCCUCACGCGCCCUCAUCUUCCACCCUGUUGCUCUUUCCAUCUUCACAGCGGUUGUCGCAAUCGCGCACUAUGGCGCCAAUGUUGGCAAAGACAUCACCACCAUGAUAACCAUCUACCCCGGCAUCGUAAUCACGUACCUCGUGGCCAUUCGCUACUUCACCAGCUCAUAUAUCCGCAUCGCUGAGGAAACGGAUUGGCUGGACUGGCUCAAGAGCAACGAUGUGGAAGACAGCAUAAUCGGAGCGCGUUUCGGGGAGGAGAUUAUCGGAGCUGUGAUUCUUCGCCUCAACAAAAGCAACAACACAGCGCUCAUUCGUGGAUGGACAACAAAAUCGAGGUAUCGACGUCGAGGACUCGGCGGGGAUGUGCUUCGCGAGAGCAUCAAGAUCGCCAAGCAAGCGCUAGGCAGAGACUGCACUGUGGAGUUUGCAGCCGACCAUGCAAACAGCCAUAUGCCGUUCUACGCGAUCUUCAAUGGUCCAUUUCUGGCACGACAGGCUUCGGCGAAGAAGGCACUUGCUGCUGCGGUGAAGGAUUGGGAGGAGGGUAAAGAGGGACCUCAAUGA